AAACUAUCGCUCUUAACUUAGCCGGCGUAGUUGAUAGUCUACUUAGUAUUUCUACUGCAUUGUCGGCACAAAAUGAAGAAGAACUACAGCGAGGAAAUUUCACUACGAGUCUGCAGGAAAUGUUAAAUGGGCGUGUCAAAGCAUUAAAAGAGACAGGUGGAAGCGCAAGCAAAGGCAAAAGUUCACAAGGAGAAAAAAGUAAACUUUCACAAACUGAAGAAGGCGCUGACAAGCAAGCACCGAAACGCAAGAGGAGAAAUAAGAGGGACGGACCAGCAAAGCCACAAAACGCAUUUCAAUUCUUUUGUAAAAAAGUAUAUCCAGUAUAUAAACAUGAAUAUCCGGAUGAAAAGUAUCACGGAAUAGUUCGCAUAAUGGGUGAGCAAUGGAGAAAAAUGGAUGAUGAUGCAAAAAAGCCAUAUAAAGAUGAAUUUGAGGAAGCACUAAAUAAGUGGAAAAGCGAAUUUUCAAACGACCAAAAUAAGAACGAAGAUCAAGGGACCGUUAAUGGUGAGCCGGCUGACGACGGAAUUGUAGACGAAAAAUCUGUAUCAGGAGACACAAACGCAUCUGACAAAGACUAUAAAGGUUCUAGUAAGAACGGCAGCGACUCUUCUGAUGAUGAAAAAGGAACACCAAGUAGCAUUUCACAAAAGAAAAAUAUGGAAAUUAGUUCGGAUUCUUCAGACGACGAAUAUGAUGAUGGAAGUCACGACGAAUUAAUUUCUACAGAAAUAACAAGAUCUACACAGUCAUCAGACGCCUUAUCAAUUAAUACAGAUGCGCAAAAACGGAAAGCUUUAAUUGACAGAGAUAUGCUCUCCAAGCGAAUUAAAUCUUCAAGUCUUCAAAAUGAUCCAGUGGCCAUGUCUGAGAGUACCAUGAAAUCUAUAUCCAUUCCAAGAGGCAAAGAAAGAAAAGAAAAGAAAUACAAGGACGUCACACAGGCUAAGCCGGUUAAGCAUUCUUCAACAAAAGCAAAGAUGAAUGAUGAUG